UUAGAUUGGCAAUUGUAAAUUGAUGUGGUCUGUUAUUCACGAAUCUGGAGGUGCUCAAAUUAAACCCCAGUGUCUGAGAUCACGACUGAUCUGGUCACGAUUUACAAGCACAGGCUACCAACAGCCGACAAAAAUAAUUCGAAGCUGACAUCUGUGCUUUAUUGUUGUAAUAAGAUAUUUUAGGAUACACCCUCUCUCUCUCUCUCUUUUUCGCUCUCUGUCUAUCUCUCCCCCGUGCUCUCUCACUCACUGACACACACACGCACAUACAGCCACACCAUACACCCAUCAUAGCCUGCGCAAUCCACACAGACGCUCUUGUUCAUCUUGUCACUUUGAGAGCGCGAGAGACUACACGCUACAGCCGCACCAACUUUGCCGAGCCGAGCGCGCGGAGUCUGGGAUCGGAGACGCGUUUCGGAGACGCUAUCAAGCUUCUGUUACCGGACUACCUGCUGCACGACUUAGAUCUCGACUGAUACAGUAGCUGUCGGAAUUGAGAGACGACACGCCAUGACAGAGGUGAUGAACACCUGUGAGUCGACGGUGGGGGACUUUGGAGUUGCGGCCACCCCGGGAGACCAAAGCAUCUCAUUUCAGAUCUUUCCGGACUCCCACGAGCGUUUCCCUAAGCUGUCCAAGCGGCUGCCAUCCAUCGUGGUGGAGCCCACGGAGAGUGGAGAGGUGGAGAGCGGGGAACUCCGCUGGCCCCCAGUCGACCUGAGCUCCACGGACGACCCCCAGAACACUUCAAUCCACGCCGCAGAUGAGCAGCAGCCAGGUGACACGGAGGAGGAGGAGGAGGAGGAGGAGGAAGAGGAGGUGGAGGAGGAGGAGGAGAAGGACAGGGCGACGGUAGGGACCUCAAACUGACAGACUGAAGUUGGCACCAAUCCAGCGUUUCACUGUGAAUGUCUCUGAGAGACGGGUGGCGUGACGGAGAUGGGGCUUGUGUUAUGGCCCGCCCUACAUCACCACAAGGACCGCCCACCUCAAAGGGAACCUCCACCUCCUUGGAUGGAACUGCUGACUGACAGAAAGUCUUUACUGAAAUAGCUCACCUGUGCCAAACACUAGAUGUAGCCUGCUACUGUGAUCGAGUCAUCAAUUUUGGAUUGUUUCCUCUUUUAUUUUUUGAAUAUCAACAGUCCUCUAGUGUGCAUUUUAAAAUUCAGUUAUUCAUGUAAAGAUAUUCUGGCAUAUAUGUACAAAACUGAUCAUGUGUAGUUUCUUUUGACCAAAGUCUACAGUCUACAUUGUCAGAAACAAUUGUAGUUUUCAGGAAUAUAGAGGGUGAAAAUUAUUUUAUUUAAUAUAUGUCAGUUGACUGCAAAUAUUAUAUAUAUAUAUCAGUUUUUGCCUUUACACGGGGGCUUAAUAGAUUAAUAUCAAUGUGUAUGUAGCUGUUGCUGAGUUGGUGUCAAUCUAUUUAAUGACAUGAAAUGGAUGUGAUUUUGAUUCUGUAAAUAUUUGCGAUGAUGUCACUGUGGAUUAGCUCCUGUAGCAGACCACAUCUAAUUCUGUUUCAAUUGCAAUACGCUUCAUCAGUGCAUCACCCUGACUCUUCCUUUACGCUUGUCUAGAGGUCGAUUCUUGUCUAACUUACCAUAAACAACUCAUCCAGUGCAACGCUGUUCUUUUUCGUGCUGCUGCUGCUGCUUGCCUGUAAAAUAUUUUCAGAUUUGUAUACAUUUCUGCUUCUCUGAGCGACUCAGUGUUGUGUUUGUAUGUCUCUCGUCAACACACUUGUCACUGCUUCUCUCAGCAACCUGAAAAACAGGCUUGCAUAGCAUUUUGCAGUCAGCCAUUGGCAGCACCAAGUAUUUCCCUUUCAUCUGUAUGCUUUUAAGGCUAUCUUUCUUAGUUUUACUGCUAAAGUUUUAACAGAGUUGUAGUGUUCUUUAUGAAAAUCACAUUAAAGACUGAAUGAUUAUAA